AUGUUUGCCAGUCUUAAAACCACAUUCGCCCCCUCUACCAUUCCUUCUGUGCUCCUUGUUAUUGGCAAUCUUGGUUCCACACAGUUUGCCAAAAUCGAAGUUCUUCAUCUCCUACCCGAGAACGGCACCAUUGAGCGCUUUGGCCUUGCAACCCAUUCUUCCUCCUCCACCUUCCACCAUCGCGGGGCCAAAGAGCAGGCGCGUGAACAUAUUGGCACGGUUACACUUCACGUUGGAGAUGGUGGGGCUCCCGACAGCUUCCUCGACGCCGUCGAGACAAGCAUCCGUAAGCUGCGGAAUGACCCUAGCCAAUUCCUCAAGAGACCUGGGCCUCUCUACCCAACCUCCCUCCGCUCAGGGUCAACCGUUCCAGCCGUUGGACGCCGGUUCUUUGCCCAUUCUCCCUCUACCAUCCUCAAGCUUGGCACUCACGAUGGCGAAGGCAACAUGACCGCGCUCGCCCAUUCCAUCCUGGGCUCCUGUGUCCCGCGCAUUAUUUGCAUUGUCAAAAUUCCGAUAAUAACCUGCGACGCUUCGACGCCCAGUCGCACCCAACAUGGCCUUGUCCUCACUCACCAGCUGGGCACGCCGCUAGUCGAGCUCUGGCCCUCACUCACCCCUCCGCAGCGCCAGACCGUUAAGACGGAUCUCUGUCGUCUUCUCGUGCGUAUGCGUAAGCAUCGCUUCUCUUACUACGGCCGGCCUAACCGGCAGCCGUACCUACUAUUCUCCGAAUUCGGCGUUGAGACAUACGACUGUUGCGCCUCCCGCUCAGAGUGGGACGAUUCGCGCGUCCGCGCGCUACAGGCUAAAGACCCUGACACGGAACGUACACUCGCCCUUGAGAGAGUUCAGCGUGACACGAACGGUGUAGAUGGUUGGGACCACCCUGUCCUCUCACAUGGGGGCUUAUCUGACCGGAACAUCCUCGUGGACCCCUCUACACUCGCAGUGACUGGCUUCCUAGACUGGGAGAUGGCUAACAUCAUGCCCGCGUACUUUGAAUACGUCGCAGCACGGCUGUCUGGUGGUCAUCAGCCCGAGUGGAGGAGAGAACUGUUAGAUGUGCUACGAUCAGUUCUACGCUUGGAAUCCGAUCCUAGGUGCCAGGAAGACAUGGAUGCCAUUAAUGUCGACGAAAGAGAGGAAGGAUACAAGAGGACGAUGGCGGCAUGGGAUGCUGUCGUCGAUGUUGAGAGAAUCGCGCAGGGAUACGAUGAUAACUGCAGAUGGACUUUUGAAACUGGUCUACCAGAUGUUUCACAAAACACUGGUUCUGUCUUGUAG